AAGUCCGCCCCCCGCAAUCUUCUUAUUCAAACAGCCCCUUGCCAAAAUCACUUGGUUAGGAUGCAGGAGCCUGGUGUCGCCGGCGGGUUAGACCUUGGCCGGGGACGCGCAGUAUCGCCGGGACCCCCCUUUCCGAGCUUGCAAUGGGUCCGUCCCCGCCUGAUUAAAAGCCAGCUGCUCUUAGGCCUCCUUGCGGGCGGUGGGGGGGAGGCGGAUUUAAUUUCUAUCUUCUUUAGAGACGGGGUGGCUGCGCCAAGGCCGAGCGAAGCCAGCCUGGAAAAAGGAGAAGAGAAACCCCAAUCGGGUGCAAAUCCCGGAACGACUCCCCAGGCUUUGCUCUCUCUCCCAUCCUGUCAUGGCUGCUGGUUGCAAGAAGGACCCUGUGAUGGCUGCCCAGUUCCUGCCCAGCUGGGUUCAGGCCCUUGUGUUAACUUUGGAAGCCCUGCACAACGUAGGGCCAGGGUACCCCAGGGACGUCCUCAGCCCUCUACUCCCAGCUCCCUGGCAUCAUUUGCAGGCGUGUUGUUGGCGUCUCCUGAGUUGUCCCCACCUCCAUGCCGAGACUCCUGUGAGGCGGAGGCUGUUGUGGACAUGGCUGCCGGCGCCCGGGCUUUCUCGGAAGGGAAGAUUGCUGGCCUCUAUGACCUGGAGCGCACUUUGGGCAAGGGCCACUUUGCGGUGGUGAAGCUGGCCCGGCAUGUCUUCACGGGGGAGCGGGUGGCUGUCAAGGUGAUUGACAAGAGCAAGCUGGAUGGCGGGGCGGCCGCUCACCUCCUGCAAGAGGUCCGCUGCAUGAAGCUGGUGCAGCACCCCAACGUGGUCCGCCUGUAUGAGGUCAUCGACACCCACGCCAAGCUCUACCUCAUCCUGGAGCUGGGCGACGGCGGGGAUAUGUUCGACCACAUCAUGCAGCAUGAGGGAGGCCUGGGGGAGGAGAAGGCCAAGCACUACUUCGCCCAGAUUGUCCACGCCAUCUCCUACUGCCACCGCCUCCACGUGGUCCACCGGGACCUCAAGCCCGAGAACGUGGUCUUCUUCCAAGAGCAGGGCGUGGUGAAGCUCACAGACUUUGGCUUCAGCAACUGCUUCCAGCCAGGCACCAUGCUAACCACCAGCUGUGGCUCCUUGGCCUACUCUGCCCCAGAGAUCCUGCUGGGGGACGAAUACGAUGCUCCUGCUGUCGAUGUCUGGAGCCUGGGAGUCAUCCUGUACAUGCUGGUCUGUGGGCACCCGCCUUUCCAGGAAGCCAACGAUAGCGAGACGCUGACCAUGAUCCUGGACUGUCGCUACGAGACCCCCCCUCAUGUCUCCUCCGAGUGUGCAGACCUGAUCGCCCAGAUGCUGCAACGGGACCCCCAGAAGAGAGCCUCCUUGGAGCAGAUUGAGAGCCACCCGUGGCUGCAAGGUGUGGACCCUUCCCCUGCCAGCCGCUCCCUCCUGCCUCUGACGUCGCACAGGCGGGUCUCGGAGGAAGAGCACGGCAUCAUAAUCCAAGCCAUGAUGUGCGGCAACAUUGCGGACCGAGAGACCAUCCAGGAAGCCCUGGAGGCCAACCGCUACAACCACGUGACGGCCACCUACUUCCUGCUGGCUGAGAGGAUCCUGCGGGAGAAGCAGGAGAAGCAGAGUCCUGGGGCCAGCCUGGCCUACAACCUGGCACAGCACGUCCAGAGCAGGAGCUCCUUCAGUGCCGUGGGGGACCUCAGCCAACCGUUGCCCACUGCAGGCAAAAGCCCUCAGCUACUGCCCACAACCAAGAGCGCCCUGGAGGCCUUUGCAGAGCAUUCUGGGAAGUCCCUUCUGUCCUUCUCUGCGCUGGGGGAGGACGAGUCACCUUCCAGCUUCCACGGGUGCGGGCAGCCCAUCAGAGCCCUGAUCCGGCCCUCACUCAUCGAGACCCCCAUUGCCAAGAGCACCCCCGCCCUGCAGCAGAUUUCAGAGGAGGAAGAGGAAGAGGAGGAAGAAGAGGAGGGGAAGCCUGGCCUGUUCCGCAGGAGGACGUCUUCCCUGAACCAGGAGCAGAUGAGCGACUUCCAGAGUGCCAAGGCUUCCUUGCUCUUCUGCCGGAGUCUUGCGUCCCACAACAAAACAGGGAAGGCUCUCGGCCCAGGAUUCCCCAAGGCCCGUGGCGGCCCGGAGCCUCAAGGGCCUGAGGGUGGCCUCUCCCUGGCAGCGCCACAGAGGCCUCCAUGCCCGCAAGGCGAACGGGAGGAAGGCACGGGCACUCAGGUGGGCAGCAGCCUCUGCCUGCCACAGGAGGUGGGCCCAGAAAUGCCAGCAGAAGGAGGCCCAAGAGGCAGUUCUUGGAUGGGCGGCGAGGAGAGGAGGAAGGGCAGUGCCAUCUUGGAGGCAGUGGGCAGAAGGGAGCAGCCCCCAGGGAAGGAGGAAGAGGCCAACAACAACACCCCCCCAGGGAAAGGAGGCGCUGGAGAGGGGGAGGAAGAAAGACUCUUGAAGAAAGAGCACGGGCCACAGAAUGACGAUGAGACUCUGGCUCAGGGCAGCUGUUGCCAGAGAGCUGUUGGGAUGAGCCCAGCCUCAGACCCGGAAGGCCAAUUCCGAAAAAGCCCUGAGAUGGGACCAGCCCAGAGGCCGAAGCAGGACGGCCACCGGAACGGCAGUGGCAGUGAGGGCCUGGCAGACGUGAUCAAGCUGGACCCUGCCAAGGGCAAGAACACCAACCUGAAGGACCGCAUCCUGCAGUUCCCGCUCUGCGAGAAGGCCCUCGCGUUCCGGAUGCGGCCCGCCUCCAAGGAGAGCCUCCUCUCUCUGGGACAGUUCAACUGUUGCCACGUCAUCUGAGCCGUGCGUCUGCAUCUGAAAGAGAGGGAUGUGGGCCGAGGAGGGGGAUGGCGGCGUUGGUGGAAAGGGCAAGGCCCCCAGCCAGAGGGCCUCGGGUCGCUCCAUUCCCAUCAUCCUCUGCUCCCAGUGAAUGGCUGCCACCAUCCUGCCCACCCGCCUGCCUGCCUGCCUGAGAAUUGCAUUUAGACUCUCGCUCUGUAUAUCUGCUUGAAUCGGGUGAACCAAAUGGCUGCUCCUCUCCCUCUCCCCCCUUGUCCCAGCUGAUGCUGUCCAAAGGCCACAGCCCCCACCCACCCCCUUAGUUCACUGCAUGCUGAACCUAAAUCUCCACCCAAGACCAGGGUGUGGGUGUUUGUGUGCCCAGAGCUUCACAACAGCAAAUCGGCAGUUCCGAUUCCGCUGGGAGCUCUGGGGUAGCUCAGCUGGAGAGAGGCCAGUGGGUCUAUGGAGGCCUGUUUCCUCCUAUGUCCCCCUGCUAGAGGCCAAGGGUGCCUGUCGCAGAGGCAAAAUGGAUGUCCCUGGUCCUAAAGCUGACAGAGGCGUUGUGGGUGGAGAUUCUUUCAACCUCCUUUACAGUGGCCAAAGGGCAACCUUUCUCUCCCACCACCCCAGCAAGGCUCCCCACGUGAGUCUUGCCACGUGGGUCCCUGCAGGUUUACUUGUCCUAAACAGGUCAGCUUCAACGGCCGCCUUUCUUGCCCCUAAGGCCAACUCAGAUGGAAGCCAUGUUGCUCCCGGCCACCUUUGCUCUGCUUCCAAGCCCCGGCCACCAACUGCUGCUUGGCUGUGCCUGUCGAGGCAUCCCAGAUUGUGACUGUCUGAGCUGAGCUCCCGGAUGCUGCUUCCCCUUUCCUGCCAGGGAGGGACCAAAAAGCCAACUCUGGCCUGCAUUUGCUAGUGGCUACCUUUGCUUUAAGCUGACGUGGCAAGCUUUGUAGUUGCAAAUGGGCAGCAGACCCAGGCCUGGACUCAAGCUCCUCUUCAGGUGCCCUGGGAAGGCCCCUGGCUGCCUCUCCUCCUCCCUGGGCUAGGAGUCCAACAGUGUUGGCUGGCCGAGGCCGCCUCUUCCCACCCCAUCACCUCCCAGUCCAGCUCCGUUUUGGAAUCAGAGCCAGGCUGCGGGGAGGUGCAGAUCAAGCACCAAUCUGAGGUAAAAAUUAGACACACACACCAAGUGGGGUAGGACAACUCCUGAGCACCAAUGCCAAAAGCGGCUACUGAUUUCACCCACCUCUCCUGUGGGCCAGGUGACUGAGGUUGUGGGACUGCACCCAUGGCAGGGCUGAGAGCGCCCCCCUCUUGGUCUUUCCUAACUGCUGGGUGUGGGUCCAGAAGGGGUGCUGAUGGGGCUCUUGCUUUGCCUUUAUGAAGGCAUCCCUCUCCGUUAGCACUAUCCAUGUUGUUUUUGCCCUGCCCCUUAUGGACUAGCUGCUUGGUUUGAGUCCCUGCUGGCCUGUGCAUUGGAAGGAGCCCCUGCACCUGGCUGUGAGCUGCCUGCCUCUUUCUGGCCAGUCCCCCUGGACCGCUUUCCGAGGAGCCGCAUGCAUUUCUCUUCCAAAGCAUCCCAGCUCUGCCAAGCCUGAAGAGGUGAGGUUUUUAUAGCAAUUGAAAUAUUUUUUAAGAAUAGUCUAUUUUAAUGUAACAUAGAGAAGGCUCUGUAUCCCUUUCCCCCGCAAGCCCAGGGGUUUCCCUGGGCAGCAAAUGCACUUUUUAGGAGUCAACUAGCCAUGCUCUUCUCCCUGCCUGUUCCUCCCUCCCCCCCCCCAUUUGCCAGCAAUGUUGCCCCUACUUCCCUUCCCUUUUUCUUCUGUCCUCCUGAAGGACUUUGCCAGUUCGGGUGGGCUGGAUGAAGGAGGGCCAAAGGACGAGGAUGCCACCACAGAGGAUGGCUCCUGGCCAUGCUGGGAGGGACUUCUGUGUGUGUGUGUGUGUGUGUGUGUGUCUGUGUGUGCGCGCUCGUGUGCAUCACAUACACCCCCCUCCCCAUUGCGUUCCUCCCUCCUUCCCCCCUUGAAGUGCUGCCAAUCCUCAUCCGCCUCCCCAUUUAUGCCCUACACCAAAACCUCCAUCUUCUCUCUGAAACUCUUCCAGGAAAAUAAGCUUUCUGUGUAUUAUUAUUAUCAUUAUGUUAUUAUUGUUAUUAUUAUUAUUAUCAUCCUUCUUUCUUGCUGGCAAGAAAUGAAUUGGGGAUUUGAUUGCUGAGCUCCCACUGGGUUCUGUAUCAAGUGCACUGACUGGAUCUAAGGCAGCAAGUGGAGUCCAAUAAAAUGGCUGUGCUGGAC